GAACACGUCAUUCAACCCUCAAGUACUUGCUUCACGGCUUCCUCUACUGGAUUGAUCUAAGUUAUAGGUUAUAACUAGACAAACCCAUCUAAAUAUAUAUAUAUAUAUAUAUAUAUAACCAUAUCUAUUUGACGCUUUCCAAUUUCAAGCAUCAACUUCUCUUAAAUUUUCAAUUUUAUCCAAUUUGAUUCCCUGUAAGCUAUUUUUCUUGAACCAUUUGAUGGUCGAGUCCCCGCCGGACGAGUUAACUUCAUCCAGAACUGUGCCGCCGGCAGAAAUGUCUAUUAGAAUGUAUAUCAAUUAUUACAAUCUACGUACUGCCCUUCAACUCAUCUCUCAUCGUAUUAGCACCCCAUCGCCUUACCUGCUCGCAAAUGUUUCCACUUCCAAGCACAUAUAUGCUUCUUCUUCCAUGAAACAUCAAGGCCUUCAAUUUCUCUCUCUUAAUGCUCGUGGAAUUCAUAGUGAACCAGACUCACCAAUGAUGGGGGGAAAGGUUGAGGAAGACAAGGAACCACAUGAACAACCACCGGCGCCGGUGCCUCAUCCUUCACCAAAACCCACCUUCCCAACUUGGGUAAAAUGGGUUCUGGGAUCGGUCCUUACGAUCAUUCUACCAUUUUGGAAGCAAAAGUGGGAAAAAUUGAAGGCCAUUGAAGGUGCCAUGGAAGUGGCGGUAGAGGAGGUUGAAGAGGUAGCAGAGGCUGUGGAGAAGGUUGCGGAUAUGGCUGAGAAGGUAUCAGAAGAGGUGGCUAAUAGCAUUCCAGAGGAUGGGCCUCUUAAGGAAGCUGCUUUGUUAGCUGAACGUGUAACCAAAGAAGUUGCCAAGGAAGCACACUUAACUGAGGAAAUCAUCCACACGGUCGAGGUACUGAAAGAGGAGGUGGAGUCAUUAAUUGAUCCUCUUGGAACUAAGAGGAAGGAUGCACAUGGACAAAAAUAGAUUUUAAGGCAUCGUUGAAUAUUUUCGUUAAAGAUUGUUUUUUCUUUUGGAUUUUUCCUUUACACUGAUGUAUAUGUGUUCAACCCAUUAUACAAUAAGCCUAAUCUUUCUGGGGGAUAUAUUGAAAUUGAUUAUAUUUUCAUUUA